AUGGCAAUCUCAGGAACCAAUUUCAACCUGUUCAGCCACCGUUCUGUGGCUUACGAAUCUGCAUCAGAAAAUAAACCAGACUCACUUUCAUUCUACCGUAGUUUCUUGAGAGACAAUGGCGCGGUACCGAUCGACAAACUCGGCCACACGGUCCUCCAUCUUCUGGCCAUCAAUGGCAAUGUGGCCGCCAUGGAAAGCCUACUUCAGGCAGACCUCCUGCUCGACGAAAUGCUCGUGAGAAAGGAUGUCAACGGCAACACUGCGCUGCACGAAGCUGCGAGGUUUGGACAUAAGGGUGUGGCGGAGAUCAUGGUGAAGAAGAAGCCGAGUUUAGCUUUCGAGAGGAAUAAUUUGAACGAGACGCCUCUUUACCUUUCCGCUGCGUAUGGUAAGAAGGAAGUUUUCGAGCUUCUGGAAAGUUAUAGCGAUUGCAGAGCAAGGAGGUACGAUGGCUGCACCGUUCUUCAUGCUGCGAUUGAAGGAGAACGUUACAGUUUGGUUGUGAGCAUAUUGGACUCAUACCCUGAUCUUGCUCAAAAACAUGAUGAGAAGGGUACUACUCCUUUCAAUUUGUUGGCCUCAAAACCAUCAUCGUUUAGAAGCAGAUCGGCAUAUGUGUUGUAUGAUCUAAGCAGGACACCUUUCAUCCCCUGGCAGGUAGUUGAAGCAGUAAUCUACAACUGUAUUCCAACAAUGUAUGUCAAGACAGCUUUGGAGCCACAAGCUGCCAGGAAUGUAGAGGACCCAAAUGAUAAUAGACUUGGAAUUUCCAAACUAGAAAGGUCUUCUUUCAUCAGAAGAAUCUUAGGUUACUGGUAUUUCAAAAAAAUUGAUGAUCCCAAGCAAAAGCAUGAAUUUUCCGUAGUGCUGGCAAAGAGAUUGAUUGGCAAAGAAGAUUGGAGUCGGUACAUUUACUAUGAAAGUAUAGACCCUGAAGACAGCUCAUUUGGGAUAUCUCCAAGGAAGACAAAAACAGUGCCUGACCCGCUAAUACAGGCAACAAAGUUCGGCUUUCUCGAGCUGGUAAUGGUGAUCCUCCAAAAAUAUCCCGAGGCUGCAGGUUCCUUUGAUGAGAAUGGAAAGAACAUACUGCAUAUAACAGUGGAGCAGAAGCAUAGGUUUAUGUAUGACUACUUGAUGAACUUUGGUGCAUAUUAG